AUGGAUGAGAGCAUGGUUAGCUACGGGACACCCACCAACGGUGCAUCCCCUGGCGCAAACCCAAUUCUUUCGCAACCCCCUCUCCCGGAUGUCAAUGACCAGAACGAAGAUGUACAGAUGGGUGAUGGCCCAGAGCCAACAAUCAAACAGGACAGCACCACGCCUGCACCAGGCGCCUCAUCCGAUAAUCCCUUGGACGCGCCUGAUCGUCCCCCUGCGGAAUCGACAGCCCGCGAAGAUGAAGAGAUGGGCGACGCCUCUAAGAGCAGCGCUGACCAAGCCGAUGGCGCUGCCGGGAACGAGGGGACCGGUGAGGUCAAGACCAAGGAGUCCGUCGAGAAUGCCGCCAGAGAACAUCUGAUUUCGCAAACCCAUGCCAUCGUCCUCCCCAGCUACAGCGCCUGGUUCGACAUGAACACCAUCCACAGCAUUGAGAGGAAAGCGCUGCCCGAGUUCUUCAACAACAGAAAUCGAAGCAAGACACCGGCUGUCUACAAGGAUUACCGUGAUUUUAUGAUCAAUGCCUACAGGUUAAACCCAGUCGAGUAUCUCACCAUCACUGCCUGCCGUCGCAACCUGGCCGGUGAUGUCUGCGCCAUCAUGAGAGUCCACUCUUUCCUCGAGCAGUGGGGGUUGAUCAACUACCAGGUCGACACAGAACAGCGCCCAUCGCACGUUGGACCACCGUUCACUGGCCACUUCAAGAUCAUCUGCGAUACUCCUCGCGGCCUUCAGCCAUGGCAACCCGCCGCAGACCCUGCCACCGUUGAGGGGCGGCCUAACAAGGACACAGAAGUCAAGGCGAGCGCUACACCCGCGCCAAAGUCUGAGCUCAACCUGGAAGUCGGCCGCAAUAUCUACGAGGCCAACGCUAAGAACACCAAGCUCACCAAGACCGAGAGCAAGACCAAUGGAGAGACCCCAGUGACCAACGGUGUAUCCGGGACCGACGAGCUCACCAAGACGCCCAUCAUCAGAGUCAACUGCUACAACUGCGGCACCGACUGCACGCGCAUCUACUACCACAGCUCCCAGGCCGAUCCCAAUUCGAAGGCCAAGUACGACCUUUGCCCUAGCUGUUACCUCGAGGGCCGCCUCCCAGGAAAUCAAACCAGUGCCCACUACACCCGGAUGGAGAACCCAACAUACUCUUCUAUUCUCGACAGGGACGCACCAUGGAGCGAUGCUGAGACACUCAGGCUGUUGGAGGGUCUUGAGAGGUUCGACGACGACUGGGGUGAGAUCGCUGACUAUGUUGGGACACGGACCAGGGAGGAGUGCGUGCUCAAGUUCCUCCAGCUUGAUAUCGAGGACAAGUACUUGGAGUCGGAGAAGGUGGAUGCACCGGUUGGCCUGCAAAUGCUGGGCAGUCAUGGCGGUCAGCUACCAUUCAGCCAGACCGACAACCCGGUCAUGUCGGUGGUGGGCUUCCUGGCCAGCCUUGCGGACCCGGCCAGCACUGCGGCUGCUGCUGGCAAGUCGGCCGAACUGCUGAAGCAGAAUCUUCGCAGCAAGCUCGAUGCCGUUCCCGAGGAUGCCGAGGCCAAUGGCAAGGGCAAGGAGAAGGAGGGCGAGUCGAUGGAGCUGGAUAUCAGGCAAGAGGUUACCACCACCACCACCACGACAACGACCACAACCACCAAGACCAGCGCGCUGGCCAACAUUCCUCUUGCGGCCAUUGGUGCCAGAGCCGGCGGUCUUGCGUCGCACGAGGAGCGGGAGAUGACCCGUCUCGUCUCCGCUUGCGUGAACAUCACGCUGGAAAAGGACGAGCUCAAGCUCAAGUACUUUGACGAGAUGGAGUCGAUCCUGCAGUCGGAAAGACGUGAGCUGGAGAGGGCGAGGCAGCAACUGUUCCUCGAUAGACUCUCGCUCAAGCGCCGCGUCCGCGAGGUUGAGCAGGGGCUCAAGGAGGCUGUUGCCACGGGGGGUGAGCAGGGCAUCCGCAUGGUGCAAGAGCUGGGGCUUGAUGGGGAACGGGUGACGUUUGACGCGCCGGCGCCGGCUGGGUCGGUGCAGCCGCUUAGUGCUGACGGGCAGCUCAAGAGAUAUGAGUCUUAG